AUGACAGUGGAGUCAGGUAAGGCGAGCGCUUCACACGCUAAAAAAGCUCGAAAGGCUCGCCUGAGAAGACUGAAAAUUCGAAGGUUGAGGUCGAUUAGAUUGGAAUCCGAGUUCAAUCCUUGCUCCGAGUCGCAAUCAACCACUUCAACUUCAUAUGUUGAGGACAUCAGUGUUUCUGGCGGAGAAAGAAAGUUAGAGAGCCUUGCUAGUGGCUUGAGGUAUGGAUACAUAUCGGUGAUGGGGCGGAGAAGGACAAUGGAGGAUGCAAUUACGGUGGCGCCAAGGUGGAUGGCAGGGACGGACUAUGCUUUUUUUGCUGUUUACGACGGGCACGGAGGGUCUACGGUGGCUGAAAAAUGCAGUAAAAAGUUGCAUAAGUAUCUUGAGAAGCAUAUAGAAAUGGAAAAGAAACUGCCACUGGGAAAAGAAUUUGACUGGAAAAAAGUGAUGGGGGAAUGUUUUAGAAGUAUGGAUAACGAAGUUUUGGAGGAAGGUGGUCGUAGUGGUGGCGUGGAGACGGCGGAGUGGAGGAAGGUUGGGUCGACGGCGGUGGUGGUUUUGGUGGGUAAGGAGGGGUUGGUGGUGGCAAAUUGCGGUGAUUCAAGGGCGGUUCUUUCCCGCGGCGGUGUUGCGGUGCCACUGUCAUGUGACCAUAAGCCUGAUAGACAAGAUGAGAAGGGGAGGAUAGAAGCUGCGGGAGGAAGGAUCCUAAAUUGGAACGGUUGGAGAGUCGAAGGAAUUCUUGCCACUUCAAGAUCUUUAGGUAAUUAUUGCCUGAGACCAUUUGUAAUUUUCGAGCCGGAGGUUAAUGUUCAAAAGCGAAUAGGGUCCGAUGACUUUCUUAUAAUAGCAACGGAUGGUCUAUGGGAAGUGGUGUACAACGAGGUUGCAUGUCAAGUUGUAAGAAAAUGUCUUCGUCGAAACAGGAGUCAAUUUUCACACAGAGGUGAUGGUACUACAGAGGCAGCAACAAUACUAGCGGAGCUUGCCAUUGCUAAAGGAAGCAGAGAUAAUAUAAGUAUCAUAGUUGUGCAAUUAAAGUAA